UUCAUUGCUGCUGCCGCCGCCGGAAAGGAGGCGGAGAUAGGGCGGGGCAAGUGGGGGCCGAGGCGGCGCCUCUCCCGGUCCCCCUCCGUCCCCGGUCCCCAGCCCCGGGACGCAGAGGAGCCCGGCGGGCAGUCCCAGCCCUAGCCGCGGCCGUCCCGGGGACGCAGACGCCAAAGCCCCUCCGGCCAGGGCAAGGACCCCGGUCGGCCUAGCCAGCUCUGACAGCCCCAUGGCCCCAGCUGGCUACUAAGCCCCACCAUGGGCAACGUGUACUCAGAGUACCUAAGCUCCAGCAAGGUCAAGGAACACUAUAAUUACACCAAGGAGAAUCUGGACACGAAGGAGACGCCCUCCCGCCAGGUGGCCUCAGCCCUCAUCGUCAUCCUCUGUUGCGCCAUCGUGGUGGAAAACCUGCUGGUGCUCAUCGCGGUUGCCCGCAACAGCAAGUUCCACUCGGCCAUGUACCUGUUCCUGGGCAAUCUGGCUGCCUCAGACCUGCUGGCGGGCGUGGCCUUCAUAGCCAAUACUUUGCUCUCGGGCUCUGUCACACUGGGGCUGACACCCGUGCAGUGGUUCGCCCGUGAGGGCUCUGCCUUCAUCACGCUCUCCGCCUCUGUCUUCAGCCUCCUGGCCAUCGCCAUCGAGCGGCACGUGGCCAUCGCCAAGGUCAAGCUCUACGGCAGCGACAAGAGCUGUCGCAUGCUGCUGCUUAUCGCGGCCUCGUGGCUCAUCUCGCUGGUUCUCGGCGGCCUGCCCAUCCUUGGCUGGAACUGCCUGGGCCACCUGGAGACCUGCUCCACUGUCCUGCCGCUCUACGCCAAGCCCUACGUCCUCUGCGUGGUGACCAUCUUCUCGGUCAUCUUAUCAGCCAUCGUAGCCCUGUACAUCCGCAUCUACUGUGUGGUCCGCUCCAGCCAGGCCGAUGUGGCUGGCCCGCAGACACUGGCCCUGCUCAAGACGGUCACCAUCGUGCUGGGCGUCUUCAUCUUCUGCUGGCUGCCCGCCUUUAGCAUCCUCCUCCUGGACUAUGCCUGUCCUGUCCGGGCCUGCCCUGUCCUCUACCAGGCCCAUUACUUCUUUGCCUUUGCCACCCUCAACUCACUGCUCAACCCUGUCAUCUACACAUGGCGCAGCCGGGACCUGAGGCGGGAGGUAUUACGGCCGCUGCAGUGCUGGCGGCGGGCAGCAGGGGUGCAAGGGGGGCGGGACGGGACCCCGGGCCACCGCCUCCUGCCUCUCCGCAGCUCCAGCUCCCUGGAGAGGGGCACACACAUGCCCACAUCGCCCACGUUUCUGGAGGGCAACACAAUGGUCUGAGGGGCAAGUGGGCUGACAACCAGGCCACCGCAGCAGAGGGCUCCAUGGAGAGGCACUGGGUACCCUGGGACAGAGACAUGGGGCUGCCAAGCAAGAUGCCCCCAUUCCACAGACCUGGGUGAUGCUGAAGAUAUUUCACACCUGGGAUGGCUGACUGAGGCACUGACCAGUUGGAUGGCACAGCUGCAGCCGGGUCCUGGAGGCCAGCGAGGUGGCUGGAGUGACCUCUUCGGAACUGGAUCGUGGGGAGGGCCGGGCGGGGGGCAGACCUGGAUAGAGCCCAGGUGACAGCAGGCAGGUGCUCGAGAGGAGCACAGCACAGGGGCAGUCUGACCCUCCGCCCUGUGCCUGACUCCCCUCUCUGAAUUUAGCCCCCUUGCCACCUUCUCUUGGCCACCUCAGAGGCCACUUCCCUAGAACCACUGUCCUGAAGGGCUGGAGACCUCCUCCCUGACCGUUCUGGGCGGCCCUGGCUAACAGUUGCCGGGCUCAAAUCCACAGCUUCCCCAAAUUUCACCAGCUGCCACUUUGGCAACUUCUUCCCUUUCUUCUGACUCUGUGAGUGAGAUGCCAGGAAACCACGUGGCAGUGGGGAACUAACCCCCAUUCUCAGACCUCAUUGGCCGAUUGCACUAUUUGGGGCACAGAGGAAUCACCCAGGGCUGGAAAAACCGGUCUGGGGGCCUGAAGAGGGCUCUGGGCCUCCCAGUGGGGCAGGGUGGAAUUGGAGAAAGUUCUAGGGGAGCUGUUGGUACAGGGCCCCAGACCCCCAAAAAACAACCACCCCCAAACUCUCUCACCUCCAGACCCAGCCGAGGUACCAGAUCUCAUAAGGCAGGGCAGCCUUGAGCCCGCUGUGCCUCCUUUCAGGUUGUAUUGAACGGAGCAUGGGGGUAGGGGUGCCGAGGACAAUUGUGGGAUGCCCUCCUAUUGCCCGCUUCAGAAGGACUUUGCUAAAUUCUGUGGACAGAUGGAAGGGACAUUGCGGUACAAACGUAUAUUUAUGUGUGUCUGUGUGUGUCUGUGUGUGUCUGUGUGUGUGAUGUCUGUGAUCCCCUCUGCUCACCCUGUUUCCCCAGAAUGGAUGCUAUUUUGUCUCCUCACGUCUGUGUUGAAGCUGCCAAAGAGGGGUCUGGUCCCUGCACACACUCCUUUGUAAUUCCUUGCUUAUAUCCCCACUUGAGAGCUGGGGUGCAGCUCACCUGGAAAAGGAAACUUCACGCCUCAAAGUGAUUUCUCAUGACUGCAAAGGCUGGGAGAGGGGAUCUUUGUGGGGGCAAGGAGCCAGUUGGGGGCUUGUCUCCCCUCAUACAGCUCCCCGGAUGCCCCUCAUGCCUGAGACCCAGGCCCAGGCCAAUAAACGGUUCAAUGUC